AUGAAGAGGAAGCUGAGGGAGUUUCCAGUGACUGAAGAUCCUCUUCUUCCAAUUGGAACAUCCAUCAGUGUCCGCCAUUUCAUUCCUGGACAAUAUGUGGAUGUUACUGGAAUUACAAAAGGAAAAGGGUUUCAGGGUGGGAUGAAAAGGUGGGGCUUUAAAGGUAUGCCUGCUUCUCAUGGUGCAUCAUUAUCACACCGAAGUAUUGGUUCUACUGGUCAAAGGGAUGCUCCUGGGAAGGUAUUUAAAGGCAAAAAAAUGCCUGGACACAUGGGUGUCGAGCAAAGAACGGUUAAAAAUGUAUGGGUCUACAAAAUUGACCCUGCCAGGAGCUUGAUAUGGGUAAAAGGCCAAGUUCCAGGUGCUUCAGGAAAUUUUGUGUUCAUAAAAGAUGCAGCGUACAAGAAGCCAGACUUAGCAUUACUUCCAUUUCCAACUUAUUUUGUACCAGAAGAUGAAGACUCUACAAAAUUAGAACCGUUAUUAGUUGAUUUGGCAAUACAGAUCCCUUCAUGGCUGCAGAUUGACCUAAGCCUAGACCAUAAUCUAACUAUUUACGAAACGCGUUUCUACACUUGUUGA